CCGCGCUGACAGUCCGGCCGAGCAGCUGCUGCCGGCGCCUCGGCCCGCCUGCGCCCUGCCCGUCGGAGCGGCGGCGGCGGCGGCGGCGGCGGCACCUGAGCCGGGGCCGGGCCGGGGCCCGGGCGGGCCCGCCGGCCGGCUCCCCGGGAGGCUCCGGCCGCGCCGUCCAGGAUGAGCCCGCGCUACUUCCUGCGCUCGCUGCUGCUGCUCAUCCUGGCCGCCUUCUCGGCCAACGCCAGCAACUGGCUGUAUUUAGCCAAGCUGUCUUCGGUGGGGAGCAUCUCAGACGAGGAGACGUGCGAGAAGCUGAAGGGCCUGAUCCAGCGCCAAGUGCAGAUGUGCAAGAGGAACUUGGAAGUCAUGGAUUCGGUGCGGCGGGGGGCACAGCUGGCCAUCGAGGAGUGCCAGUUCCAGUUUCGCAACCGCCGCUGGAAUUGUUCUACGUUAGACAGCCUGCCAGUGUUCGGCAAGGUGGUAACUCAAGGGACGCGUGAGGCUGCCUUUGUGUACGCCAUCUCCUCUGCUGGCGUUGCCUUCGCCGUGACAAGGGCGUGCAGCAGUGGUGAACUCGACAAAUGUGGAUGCGAUCGCACAGUGCAUGGAGUCAGCCCUCAGGGCUUCCAGUGGUCCGGCUGUUCUGACAACAUUGCCUAUGGUGUGGCCUUUUCGCAGUCUUUCGUCGACGUGCGGGAAAGAAGUAAAGGCGCUUCCUCGAGCAGGGCACUCAUGAACCUUCAUAACAAUGAAGCCGGAAGGAAGGCCAUCCUCAACAACAUGCGGGUGGAGUGCAAGUGCCACGGGGUAUCGGGAUCCUGCGAGGUGAAGACCUGCUGGAAAGCCAUGCCUCCCUUCCGCAAAGUGGGCAACGUGCUCAAGGAGAAAUUCGACGGGGCCACCGAGGUCGAGCAGAAGAAAAUCGGCUCCACCAAAGUGCUGGUGCCCAAAAAUUCUCAGUUCAAACCACACACGGACGAGGAUCUGGUCUAUCUGGACUCCAGCCCGGACUUCUGUGACCAUGACUUAAAGAAUGGUGUCCUGGGCACCAGCGGGAGGCACUGCAACAAGACUUCCAAGGCCAUAGAUGGCUGUGAGCUCAUGUGCUGCGGCCGGGGCUUCCACACGGACGAGGUGGAGGUGGUGGAAAGGUGCAGCUGCAAAUUCCACUGGUGCUGCUUUGUGAAGUGUAAACAGUGCCAUCGCGUGGUGGAAAUGCACACCUGUCGAUGACGUGGGAAACAGGAGCUGCCUUCGGGCCCGGAGCCCAGAGACCAAGCGCAGAGAGAGGGCUUUGGCUGACAAACAUGGGGAGGCAUUGCGAGAGGAAACGGGGAGGGGGGCACUUUUUCUAUCAACAAAAGGAAAAUAUUUAAAGUUGCAA